ACAAACAACAACACAACACCGUUUCCUUUUUAUUUCACUUCCAUCAUUCCAUUUUUUCAGAUGCAUAUAAUUAACCCAAUUUCUAAAUUGUAGAAGAAGAACAAGUAACUCGGACGAGUCUACCCGUUUUCCUCAACGAGUUAACCCGAUUCAUUCUCUAAGCAGAUGGAGGACAUUAGGGGAAGUGAAGCGUGGACAGAUGCGAAACACAGCAUGUAUAUAAAGUCUAUAGAAGCAUCUUUUGUUAAUGACUUAUAUGAUUCCAAGCAAACAAGGGAUUCUUUUUCCAGCAAAGGAAAAUCCUACCAAUCUCCUACUACUGCCCAGUUCAAGGUUCUUCGUGGUGGUUGUUGGCAAAAGAUGAAUUUUGAGAGAGAAAAUCAAGAAAUGAGUAGAGUUAAUGGACAAAAAGAUUUAAUAGGAAAUCCAUGGAUUCAACACUACCGAUGUUCAAGCAAACAAGAAAGUGCAACAUCACCUACAAGCCAAAGGAAUACAAUUUCAUCUAAAUCAGGGCACCUUCGUAUGCGUGAAUCUCAACUUUAUAAUAAUCAUCAAAAUAUGCUUUCUACCGAUACAGAAGUAUCAGAUCAAAACUUUGUUGAUGAAGAAGUGAAAGGUGAGGGAGAAAACAUAAGCAACCCAAAACGACGGAAAUCUUUUGAUAAUUCAUGCAAAAGGCAAUGAUGAGAUGAAUCUUAUCAGCAAUUUUUCUUUCAAUGGAGAUGUUUUUACCCAGAACUGUGUUUAAGCAGCAUUGAAUACGUACAAGGGUUUAUUAUAAAUGUAACUAUUCUCAUUUUUCAAUGAGAAGUUCUUAGGCAGAGCAACAAACAGAGGAGGAGUUGGCAAAAGUACACAUUGUAAUGGUUAGAAUUAAUUGACUUUUAGUUGGAAUCUUAAGAUUAAACACUUUGUAAGUGUAUGUGUAUGCAUGCAUUGGGUUUUGUAGAGUUAUUGGUAUCAGACUAAGGUAGUUGUAUUCAGUUGCUGUUGAUGUUUAUAUACAAAAAAGCUCUUCUGAAAAUA